UUGCCAAUAUUUUUCAUUUUUAUAAUAACUCCACUAAUAUGCUCCAUAUUUUUUUCCAUAGAAAACCCUCUCAAGUGGAAUGAGGUUGAUACGGAAACUUUCGACAGCUCAGACUCGCAUCAAGUUUCCCACGAAGCUGAUACCGACCGACUUCUAAAUUCUUCCGAUCUUAAUUGUGAUUCUUGCUUGCCACAUAAGAAUAGUGGACGGAUUGUGGCUCCAUUUAAUGGCGAAAAUAAAUACAAGGAUCAAGAAAGCACUCGCCUUCGUGAUUCUUGUUUUUCUUCUCAAUCUCGACUAGUAAAGGAAGACAAGGAACGACGUGGAAAUAAGAUAUCAGAAACUCUGGAUCAACGAUAUCCUACUCUAACUCCCACAUCAAAAGAUGUGUCCACAAAGACUAUUCGGCAAUCUGACUCUUCAAAAUCUUCCCAUAAGCGCAAAAAGACUCGUACACGCAGCCGGAGUCGAUCCGAAUUGUCGAAGGCUGAGGCGCAUACGUCGUUAUCAUUUGCAGACUCCUUUAGUCUGGAUCGUGCUGUUACCAGAGCGAGGUCACAUUCCUCAUCUUCCUCAGAUAGAGACAACAAACUCAUUCCUUCUCAUUCCCAUCCUGUGACGUCACCAUAUACCUCUGUACCUUAUACUUCUCCAGCUCCUCAACCAUCCUCUACAUCAUCUCAUUCAUCUUCUACUUCAUCUCAUUCUCCUUAUUCACGGAGCCCCUCUAGUCAAACUGGGAAGAAACGGCGUCAUCACCAUCACCACCAUCACAAGCGUGAACGAGGCAAAGAUAAGAGUAAUGGAAAGCGAAUAGAAUCAGAGGUAUUGGACGCACAAGUCCGAUCUUUGCUUUCUCAGUCGUUGUCAUCACAGGAAUCACAGCUCUCCAAACCUAGUCAAUAUGGACCAAGGGAAGAUGUUUCAUCGCGUCAACAUCGUCGCCUACAUCAUAAACAUAAACAUCGCGAGCGAGAUCAUGAUUUAGAAUCCUCAACAAGUAGCCUGACAAAAAAGCCCUCUGAUAGUCAAUUAUCUUUGAGAAAAUCGCAAGCCAGAGUUGAAGAGGAAGUCAGACCUGGCAUCACUCAUGAUCAGGUCGACGGAGGCAUCGAUUUCAAUAAGCAGCGUUCGCAUGAAAAAGACAGGGAAAGGUCUCGACUUCAGGCUCAGUCUCAAAUCAGGCGGUCUGAAGACCAGCGACGUCGCCGUGAACGUCCUGAUGACCCAACAAGAGAUACUUCAAUGGGGGAUCAUCGGCAGGGCCAAAAACAUCCAUCUGACGCUCAUGUUAUAGAUUCCAAGACUAGUGGUUCUGCUGGAAAGCGCGCAUUUCUUCCUCCUCCCCCUCCGGUGCCCGGUGGCUCUGUCAUGAUGAUGCUCGGAAGCCGUAGUCGCUGGGAAAUCGAGGAAGAGGGAGAUGAAGAAGAUCAAAAGAGGCACGAUCAACCCUAUUCAUUAGACCUUCCUCCAGCUUUGGCUUCUGGCUCUGACCUUGUAACUAAUAAAGGCUUUAUUAUUGGCUCUAGUAGCGAUGACAGUGUUGAAAAUCAUUGCGCCGGCUCUCACGCACCUUCUGGCCAUCAAAAAUCAGGCCGAGGUCAACUUUCUGAGUCUCGUUCUCACACGCGAUCGCGUUCUUCAUCUCGCGCGCCUUCUUCUCCAUCUUCUAGUUCAUUUUCUGUUUCACCAUCAUCGUCCUUUUGUCACAGAGUGAUGCAUAGAAGGAAGCACAGAGGUAGACAGGAGCCACAACAACUAUUAUAUGUUAAUGAACAUCAUCAUGACAAACAUCGACGGAAGCUUCGACCACAGCAUUCUGGUGGAUCAAGCCCCUAUUCAGACGGUGCGGCUGGCGGCGAUUCGUUUGAAGAGACCCACAGCCGAGGCAACAUCGACGAAGAGCAAGAAGAUAAUACGUAA